UCUCUCAAGCUUAAUUUCACGCACAAACCUCCUCUCAUGGAGUCCAAGAGAGCAAAGGUUUUUGCCGCCUCUGCAGUCGUCAGCCUCCUGGUCCUGCUCGUCGUCCUGUGGAUCUGCCUCGGACCGUCCACUACCUCUUACAUCGUGUCCGGCCUGGUCUUUGCCGCCAUCCUGGCCAUCUUGGCCUGGGUGUUGACCUUGUACACGGCGCUCGACCGGAUGCAGAUGUCCGCGGCGAGGUGGUCGGCGCUUGAGCGGGAGGAGCUCCGCGUCGAGUACAGCUUCCUCCGCAAGGUCGCGGGCCUGCCCAUCAAGUUCCGACUCGACGACCUCGUGGUGGCCACCGACAACUUCCAGGCCCUGGUGGGGCGCGGCUCCUCGGCGUCGGUGUUCCGCGGGAUCCUCGACGACGGAACGCCCGUGGCCGUGAAGCGGAUCGAGGCGGCUGAGCGUGGGGACCGUGAGUUCCGCUCCGAGGUCUCCGCCAUCGCCAGCAUACAACACGUCAAUCUCGUCCGCCUCCUCGGCUACUGCAUUGUCCCAGCCGGCCCAAAGUUCCUGGUCUACGAAUUCGUGGCGAACGGAUCCCUGGACAACUGGAUCUUCCCUUCCGCCCGGAAGGACCACGACGGCCGCCGGCGGUGCCUGCCAUGGGCCAUGAGGUACCGUGCCGCCGUCGACGUGGCCAAGGCCCUGAGCUACCUCCACCACGACUGCCGCGCCCGCGUCCUCCACCUCGACGUCAAGCCAGAGAACAUCCUGCUCGACGAGGGCUUCCGGGCCGUCGUGGCGGACUUCGGGCUGUCGAAGCUGAUGGGAAAGGACGAGAGCCGGGUGGUGACCACCAUCCGGGGGACGCGCGGCUACUUGGCCCCCGAGUGGAUCAUCGGGUCGGGCGUCUCCGACAAGUCCGACAUAUACAGCUACGGGAUGGUGCUGCUGGAGAUGGUCGGAGGGCGGCGUAGCGUGCAGCUGGUGGACGGAGACGUCGCCUCGCGCAGGAAGUGGUCCUACUUCCCCCAGAUCGUGAGCGAGAAGGUGAGGCAGGGGAGGAUGAUGGAGGUGGUCGACGAAAGGCUGAAGAGCGUCGAAGGGCCACCGGACGAGGAGGAGGUGCGCACCUUGGUGCAUGUGGCGCUGUGGUGCAUCCAGGAGAAGGCGGAGACCCGGCCGAGCAUGGCACGCGUGGUGGACAUGCUCGAGGGUAGGAUCGCCGUCGACGACGACCCACCGAAGCCGGACAUGAUCAUCUCGAGCCUCUUAUCCCCCGAGCCGGACGUUUUCGAUGAGGCGGGAGCCAAGGAUACACAUGCGGCGGCAGCCGGAAUGCUGGAGUUGGAUACCCAAUCGGCAACGACUUAUUCAUUGGAUGUGUCGUCGAUCUUGUCAGCUCGAUAGCACUGUGCUUCGAUUGCAGAGCCGCCGGAAUUGUGUGUUACUUCACUGCGGCCUGCUCACCCUGCACCUCCUGUGAUAGGAGGCUGUGUUGAGGGGAUCCUCCCACUGCCUCAUUUGAUUCCUUGAGUUUAUUUGGAUUAAUAGCUUCUCCUAUGCUACAUCAGAAUCAAAAUUUCCAA